AUGGCAAAGCAGGAAAUGGACCACCAGCCUAAGGAGAAGACGUCGGCAAAAAGCAAGCCUCGGUCCUCCCCCGCUGCGCUCUUCAGUGCAUCCUUUUCCAGUGUGAAAGAUGCUCCCCUGGGACAAGGGGAAGCUGGGGUUCUGCUGCUCCUCCAGGCAUGGGGGUGUUUCACAUCCACCUCCCUUCCGAACAUCCAAAGCCAGAAGAUCCACGAAUUCCAACUGAAAAAGCCCUGCGGAAUCCAUUCUCCAGCACUACUGGAUUCAUACUACCAAAAAUAUGCCUUCCGCAUGUCUCGUCUCAGUGCCCGGCUAUUUGGUGAAGUCACCAGGCCUACUGAUUCCAAGUCUAUGAAAGUGGUGAAACUGUUUAGUGAACUGCCCUUGGCCAAGAAGAAGGAGACUUAUGAUUGGUAUCCAAAUCACCACACUUACACUGAACUCAUGCAGACACUCCGAUUUCUUGGACUCUACAGAGAUGAGCAUCAGGAUUUUAUGCAUGAGCAAAAACGACUAAAGAAGCUUCGUGGAAAGGAGAAACCAAAGAAAGGAGAAGGGAAAAGAGCAGCAAAAAGGAAAUAGUGUUGGUCCCUCAAGAGGGAGAAUUUCUUCCUCAGUGGCGGAGAGAAGAAAGUGCAUUUAUUGUCUUUCCACAUAUUGGAGGAAUGUCAUCUUCCUAAAUGAAGUUUAUUUGGAGGAACACAGUCAUCUCCUUGGUGAAGUCUAAUCCGGUUACAUUGUGGCUGAUUUCUUGAACACAUUCUAACUGUGCAAAAUUAUUUUGGCCUUGGCCGUGUAAUGUGAGGUUUACCUGAUUCUCUAAUGAAAUAAAUACCUCA